CUAUUGAAGAAAAAUUAUAAAUUUUAUUGUAAUCGUCUGUUGUCAGACAACGACGCAUUAAAUUUCCAGUAGAUACGUGGUUAAUUCUAAAUAUUUAAUGUUCAUUUGUUUCAUGUGUUAGUACGUUUAGAUUAACUGCAGUAUAAUAUAACAACUUCAUAAUUUCAAUUUUCAGCUCACUCCCUCACUGUAUACCUUUAUUGGAAACUCAAUUAUUGAUUUCGUCUAGGAGUGGAACCAGUGGUUAUUACUGAACCACGAUAAUUUAAGACCAUUACACUUCUCAACUUACACUAUGGCAACAAAAUGGGGAAUACUAAGUGCUUCCAAAAUCUCCCACGAUUUUGUCCUAGCUUUGGAAACAUUAUCAGUUGAAGAUCAUAAAGUUGUGGCUGUGGCUGCAAAAGACAAAUCUAGGGCUAAAGAUUUUGCAGAUAAUUUCAAAAUCCCUUCUUAUUACGGUUCUUAUGAAGAACUUGGCAAUGACUCUAAUGUCGACGUUGUUUAUAUCGGCGCUCUUAACCAUCAACAUUAUUCAUUGACAAAACUAAUGCUCGAAAGUGGUAAACAUGUGUUAUGUGAAAAACCAUUUUGUAUCAAUGCCAAACAACUCGAUGAAUUAAUAAAAUUAUCAAAAACCAAACAGUUGUUUCUGAUGGAAGCUAUGUGGAGUCGUUUUACGCCAGCCUAUCAAAAAGUAGUAGAAGAAGUGCAAAACGGAACUAUCGGUACAGUUUUACACGUGCAGGCCAAUUUCGGUAUUCAAAUAUCAAACAUCGAAAGAAUUUGGAAAAAAGAAGUUGGAGGAGGCUCAAUACUUGAUCUUGGCGUUUAUACACUACAUUUAAUUGAUACAAUACUUGGGCCUGGCAAACCCGUAUCCAUAAAGAGUAAAGGAACAUUAAAUAGAUACGGCACAGAUGAAAAUAUGUCUGCUAUCCUCGAAUAUCCCGAAGGAAAAAUAGCUGUAAUUUCAUCACAUACUAAAGUGGAAAUGGACAAUUCAGCUUACAUACACGGAACUAAGGGCACAAUCAAGAUUCACCAACCAUUUAACGCUUCAAAAGAAGUAACAGUUAACACGACCAAGUUUACAUUUGAACAACCAGUUACAAGAAAACCCACAGUAUUCCCUAGUAGUGUUCAGUUACGUUACGAAAUAGAUCAUGUUAGGCAUUGUUUAAAGAGAGGUUUGAUUGAAUCACCAGUUGUUACUUUAAAUAAUAGUUAUACCGUACAAGAAAUAAUGGAUCGACUAAGAAAUCAAAUCGGUGUACACUUUGUUGAAGAUAAUGAUUCUUCAAUGUGAAUUGUUAAAAUAAACAUCAUUUUCUAUAAAAUAA